AGUUUGUGCCUCCCUUGACAGAGAGACCCUCUCUCUCUCUCUCUCUCUCUCUCUCUCUCUCUCAUAUGGAAGAUCGUGGCGGCCAAGAAGAUGCUGGUGGUAGUAGAGAGAGAAACAACGAGGGAGUUAGAUCAAGGUGGACUCCCAAACCAGAGCAAAUCCUCAUACUGGAAUCAAUCUUCAACAGUGGGAUGGUAAAUCCCCCGAAAGAUGAAACGGUGAGGAUCAGAAAACUACUGGAGAAAUUCGGUUCAGUCGGCGACGCAAAUGUCUUUUACUGGUUCCAGAACCGGAGGUCCCGGUCCCGCCGCCGGCAGCGCCAGCAGAUUCAUGAAGCGGCGGCCACCACCACCAGCCAUGCCACAGCCACAGCCACAGCCACAGCCACCCAACAACAACAACAACAGCAUGGUUAUUAUCAGACCACCAACGAAAGUAGUGGCGGUGGUGGUGCAAUUCAUCAGUAUGAGAUGAGUGGUUCUUCUUCUUCCUCGGGCGGCGGCGGUGGCAGUGUUGAUUUUGUGAAUGAGCAUCUCUGCUCUUUUUCGGGUGAAAUUGGUUUUCCAGGGUACUUCAGUGAGCAGAUUUCCUCCUCCCCUUCAGUUUCGGCCCCGUUAGAUACUUCUUCAACUUCUUUGCCAAACCAAUCUCCAGGAUUUAUGACGGUGUUCAUAAACGGGGUGCCGACAGAAGUAGGCAGGGGCCCGAUAGACAUGAAAGGAAUGUUUGGUGAAGAUUUGAUGUUAGUCCACUCUUCUGGAAUGCCAGUGGUCCCUGCUUUCAACGACUUCGGCUUUUCACUUCACACCUUGCACCAUGGAGAGAGCUAUUUCCUGGUUCCAAGGCCUGGUUAAUUUUGGAUUUAAGCUCCACCGACCGGAGGGACAGGGAGCUAGCUUUAAUCCUAUACGAGGAUGGGGGCGACAAGUUUUGUGGUUUUCAUAAGAAGAGAUAUCUUUCUCACGUUUCAUUUCUGUUGUACUCAGUACUUAGUGGUAAUUUGUAUCCCUUUUUUUAUUUUAUUUUAUAUGUUUGUGUUUCUUAAUUUGUUUGAAGAGAGAUUAGCUUAUGUCAAAUGUUGUUACAUGUUCUAGGAGUUAAAUACCCCAUGUCUCAUGAGGAGACAUUUUGUAUUGUGUGUUUUGGAUUUAUUUGUGAUGAUGAUGAUGAGUAAAGUUAUUUGAAUAUUCAUGGAAUUUUAAUA